GCCUCCGAAGCCUACUCUCUAUCCCGGGCGUGCAGAGAGAGAGAGAGAGAGAGAUGAACUCUUUUCGGGACACGACACGAUGAACGCCCACACCGCUUAUAAACGUUGGCGGUUUAGUGUCGGAUAAAGAACACAUUAGAGAUGAGUGAAAGCGUCGAGAAGGCAACGAGUGCUUGAACGCGGGACUCAAUAUCAGUUACAAAGGGGAGCAGCGCGCGGGCUCUCUCAUCCCCAGCACUCGCUUCGAGGGACAGCUCCUCGAGACUUCUCCCGUGAACUGAACACCAGGAGGUUCGCUUUCCGCCUCUGGUCUGGCCGUUUGACGGAGUUAUGUACCAGGUACAGGGAACAGGGGGAAGGGUCGUUGCCAUGGUGCUGAAGGAGCUUCCUGGUAAAAAGACAGCCUCAGAAGGAAACCCCCUCCUCACCGUGACAACCAAGCGGGUGGGCGAGCAGCAGGAGAUACGCCCCCUACUCAGUCCCUCCAUCGAUGACUUCCUGUCAGACAGCCGCGUGGACGGCCCCACUCAUCGGCCAGUCACCUCGAACACAGCAGUGCUGAACACAUCUCUGGACCUGGUGGACCUGAGCGACCCGGGGGACGGGCUGGUGAGGAGGGGGUCCAGCAGCAGCAGUGGAGGAGGAGGAGGAGGAGGGGGAGGAGGGAGGAGGAAGGGCAGCAGCAGCAGGAGCAGCCCCCGCAGGAAGAGGGCGCCAGAGAGCGAUCUGAUCCAGGUGGAGGUGGAGCGCCUGCCGCCCAGCCCGCACACGCCCCGCACGCCCCGCACGCCCGAGAGGAUCUCCCUUGACUCAGUCAGUCUGUCGUCCCCGCUGGAGAGAUGGGAGGACCUCACGAUGGACCUGGAGGCCAGUGUCAGCCGGCGGGGCCGACGCGAAAACAAGUGCUCCUCGAACCACUCGUCCAGCGAGCUCCUCUGGUCUGCAGAGUUCAAGACGGAUCCUUCCACCAGGAACACCUUUGACGUGCGGAGUCUGGACGAGGGCGACCUGCUCUCCGCAUCCCCCCAGGACUGUGCCCGUCAGCGAAGAAGAGCUCGCUCUCUCUUAGCGAGGAAACUAUCUUUGGAAGACGAGUUUGUUAAGGCGAAGGCUGCUGUGGAGUCCGACACAGAGUUCUGGGAUAAAAUGCAGGCGGAGUGGGAGGAGCUUGCGCGCAGGAACUGGCUUGACGAAUCAGAGAACGAGAGUCCUCUGGCACCCAGCAUCUCACCUGUGGAAAAGGGCUACUACUUCCACACGGACAACCCGUACCGGGACUGGCCCAACGCCUUCACCGAGGGCCAGGAGCGGGCCCGGGAGGGGGACCUCAACACUGCCGUCCUACUGCUGGAGGCCGCCAUCCUACAGGACCCCCAGGACGCCGAGGCCUGGCAGGUCCUGGGCACGACGCAGGCAGAGAACGAGAACGAGCAGGCGGCCAUCGUCUCCCUCCAGAGGUGUCUGGACCUGCACCCCAACAACCUGUCGGCCCUGAUGGCUCUGGCGGUGGGCUUCACCAACACGGGCCUGCAGCGCGACGCCUGCCACGCCCUGCACCGCUGGAUAUGCCACAACCCCCGCUACAAGCACCUCCUAUUGGACAGCACCGGCCCCCCGCCUGGCCCCGCCCCCUCGCCGAGCCACGCCCCCAGCCCUGCCGCGGCCAGCCAGCAGCUGGCAGAGGUGAAGGCUCUGUUCCAGGAGGCGGUCCUACUGAACCAGGACGGGCUGGACCCGGACCUCCAGACGGGCCUGGGGGUCCUCUUCAACCUCAGCUCUGAGUUCCACAAGGCAGUGGAGGCCUUCACUGCUGCCCUGUCCGUCAGACCCCAGGACUACCUGCUGUGGAACCGUCUGGGCGCCACGCUUGCCAACGGGGACCGCAGUGAGGAGGCCGUGGAGGCGUACUCCCGGGCCCUGGAGAUCCAGCCGGGCUUCAUACGGUCCCGCUACAACCUGGGGAUCAGCUGCAUCAACCUGGGCUUCCACAGGGAGGCGGCCAGUAACUUCCUGACAGCCCUGAAGCAGCAGAGGCAGAGCCAGCGGCCCAGCCAGCCCGUCAUGUCCGCCAACAUCUGGGCGGCGCUCCGCAUCGCCCUGUCCAUGAUGGAGCGCCCCGAGCUGGUCCACGCCGCCAGCGUGGGCGACCUGGACCUCCUGAUGAGGGCCUUCGACAUGGAGGACAUCUGACCCCACCCCCAGCGCCCGGCCCGACAACAAGGACAACAGCGACACGCGGUGGAGGUUAGGGAGUAGCAGGGUUGCCAGGUUGGUGAUGCUGGGCAGGGAGGCCGCCAGGUCUUGGAUGGAUUUAGGUUUAAAAAAAAUAGUGAUGACACAACAAACACUGAGGACCUGCUGCUGACCGAGCUGUUACACUCAUAUUAUGGGAUGGAUGUCCUCUUCCGGAUUCUUUAGGGGUGUAGGGGGCAAACAUCAGCACAACCUUCUGAGCUUAGAUUCAGUCUAAUAGCACAAAACGUUUAUCUGCAUCUUUAAAAACAUUGUUUCCAACAGUGGUGUUGGUUAAUUGCCCAGAAGCCGAAGUAUUUUUUAUGAAUGCUAUAAAGAGCUUAUAACAGGCUACAAGACCUUAAUUCAUAUGAAUACAAUCAAAUAUGUUAACAAACAUCAUAUACCUUUUAAGCUAGAAGAAGAUGUCUGUUGGGCUAUGUUUGGUGAAUGGGGUUUGUUGAAAGUGAACAGAGGCUCCUGAUUGGUUCCUCUGGACUUUCAUCAUGAAGAAACAAAAGAAAAUGGCAGCGAGAGGGAAGAGAAGCAGCGAGAGGAAACCGAAGCCAUCUUGUACGUUCUAGGACCUUCCAGGGAGAACUGAAGCCUUAUUAUACUCUACGUGCACGCGCAUGAUCCUAUGUUGGUGGUCUAUUGUACAUACAGGGGGAAGAACUUCCAGAUGCAGAAUAAGUUAAUCAAUUAAUCUGAUUCCUCCUGAGAUUUUGAUUCGACCAUGCUGGAUUUGCUCAUUUACAACAAUUUAGGCUAACGAGCUAAAUCACCUGGACCCAAUGUAACCAAAUAAGGACUUUCACCUUCGACCAACGGAGAUUUAAAAUAAGUCUCGGUUUUGGUCUUGUUUAUCCAUCCCAUCAUGUGUGUUAAGCUCAGCCUGGUUUACCUUCUAUCGAAUGGAGCGCCCAUUGUGUUCGGUUUAGCUUGCUUUCUCUUCUGUAGACAGGAGCCUCUAUUUUGGUUCAGUUUCGCUUAUUUUCCCUUCUGUAAACAGGAGCCUCCAUUUUGUUUGGUUUAGCAUGCUUUCCCUUCUGUAGGCAGGAGCCUCAAUUUUGUUUGGUUUAGCUUGCUUUCCCUUCUGUAGACAGGAGCCUCCAUUUUGUUCGGUUUAGCUUGCUUUCCCUUCUGUAGACAGGAGCGUCCAUUUUGUUCAAACCCAUGAUUCUGCUGUUCCAUGUCGGAACAAAUGGCAGGGAAGAUACAAUUUCCUUUGUUUUUUUGUUGGUUUCAUCCCUUUGAGGAAAGCGGUAAGUAAGAAAAGAGGGGUAAAACCAGUCUGAAGUCGGACUGGUUCAGCAUUGGUCCCUAGUGGGACAGCUACUGAUGUAUUUAUUGAUUAGGAGAUCAUCCCCUGUAGAGACUUAUGUUUAGAGUGUGCAUAGACAUGUAUAGGUACAGAGCAUGCACACACACACACACACACACACACACACACACACACACACACACACACACACACACACACACACACACACACACACACACACACACACACACACACACACACACACACACACACACACACACACACACACACACAAAUAAACGUGCACAUGUUAUA